CAUGUUUUUCAGAAAGCAAGUUUAAUUUUAAUCAAAGUAAUAUAUUUACCUAGUUUAAUAAGCAGACAGUACCAAGAGACUUAACGAGAAGCUGUUCCCUGCCCUUUUCUUCCUCUUUUUCUUCUUCCUUUUUUUUUCUUCCUCCUGUUCAGCGCAGCUAGCAGAAUCUUAGUUCCCCGACCAAGAACUGAACCCAGGCCCUCGGCAGUGAAAGUGCAGAGUCCUAACCACCAGACCACCAGGGAAUGCCCUCUGCCUUUUUUGAGCAGGGGCAAGAGGGGCGGUGUCAGGCAUGUGCACUGGGGUGUGGGCUAGGGGCUGGGAGGCCAGUGUCUGAGGGAGGGCCGUGAGGGCGGAGUGGAGGAGGCUGGAGUUGAGGUUCUCCUGCUCCAGGGUGGCAGAGGCCAGCUGGGGUCCCAUGGGCUGUUCCUCGCCCCCCCCAGAUGUAGAGCAGAGGAGAGACGAGGAGGCAGGGGCCAGGCUUGUGGUGAGACCACUGUCCCUCCUUUGCUUCCUAGAGGAUCUCCAUGCUGGCCUGGAGCAGAGACUGAGCUGGACUACUGGAGCCUGGGGUGCCGGGGGCAAUGGCGCUGCAGCUCUGGACCCUGACCCUCCUGGGCCUGGUGGGCACAAGUGCGAGCCUGCGGCCCCGCAAGCUGGACUUCUUCCGCGGCGAAACGGAGCUGAACCACCUGGUGGUGGAUGAGGGGUCGGGCGUGGUGUACGUGGGGGCGGUGAACGCGCUCUACCAGCUGAGUGCCGACCUGCAGCUAGAGCAGCGGGCGGCCACGGGCCCGGCCCUGGACAACAAGAAGUGCACGCCGCCCAUCGAGGCGAGCCAGUGCCACGAGGCCGUGCAGACUGACAACGUCAACCAGCUCCUGCUGCUUGACCGCCCCCAGAACCGCCUCAUCGAGUGCGGCAGCCUCUUCAAGGGCAUUUGCGCCCUGCGUUCCUUGAGCAACAUCUCCACGCUCCUCUUCUACGAGGACGGCAGUGGUGAGAAGUCCUUCGUGGCCAGCAACGACGAGAGCGUGGCCACCGUGGGGCUGGUGAGCACCACGGGCCCAGGCGGCAAGCACGUGCUCUUUGUGGGCAAGGGCAACGGGCCCCAUGACAACGGCAUCAUCGUGAGCACGCGCCUGCUGGACCGGAGCGAGGGCAGGGAGGCCUUCGAGGCCUACACGGACCAUGCCACCUACAAGGCCGGCUACCUGUCCACAAACACACAGCAGUUCGUGGCUGCCUUCGAGGACGGCCCCUACGUCUUCUUCGUCUUCAACCAGCAGGACAAGCACCCGGCCCGGAACCGCACGCUGCUGGCGCGUAUGUGCAAGUCCGACCCGUUCUACUACUCCUACCUGGAGGUGGACCUGCGCUGCCUGGGCCCCGGUGACAGCCAGGUCCCCGCCUUUGGCACCUGCCUGGCGGCCUCCGUGGCCCGGCCAGGCGCCACUGGGGUGCUCUACGCUGUCUUCAGCACAGAUGGCCGGGGCGGCGGGGGGCCACGGGCGGGCCUCUGCCUGUUCCCGCUGGACGAGGUCCACAGCAAGAUGGAGGCCAACCGCGACGCCUGCUACACGGGCACCCGGGAGGCCGGCCGGGACACCUUCUACAAGCCCUUCCACGGCGAGAUCCAGUGUGGGGGCCACGGGUCGGGUGCCAGCGAGAGUUUCCUGUGUGGCUCGGAGCACCUGCCCUACCCGCUGGGCAGCCGAGACGGACUCUCAGCCAUAGCCGUGCUGCACCGUGGAGGCCUGAACCUGACAGCUGUGACAGUGACAACCGAGAACGGCCACACCAUCGCCUUCCUGGGCACCUCGGACGGCCGGGUCCUCAAGGUGUACCUCGCUCCAGAUGGCAGCUCCGCAGAGUAUGGCUCUGUCCUCGUGGAGAUCAACAAGAAAAUCAAGAGGGACCUGGUGCUGGCCGCAGACCUGGCCAGUCUGUACGCCAUGACCCAGGACAAGGUGUUCCGGCUCCCCGUGCAGGAGUGUGAGAGCUUCUCCACCUGCACCCAGUGCCGCAGCUCGCAGGACCCCUACUGCGGCUGGUGCGUCGUCGAGGGACGAUGCACCAGGAGGGCCGAGUGCCCGCGGGCCGAAGAGAGUGGCCACUGGCUGUGGAGCCGCAGUGAGGCCUGCGUGGCUGUCACCGAGGCCCAGCCGCAGAACAUGAGCCGCCGGGCCCAGGGAGAGGUGCACCUGACCGUCAGUCCCCUCCCGGCCCUGAGCCAGGAGGACAAGCUGCUGUGCCUCUUUGGUGAAUCACCGCCGCACGUGGCGAGCAUGCAAGGGGGCGCCGUGGUCUGCAACUCCCCAAGCAGCAUCCCCAGCACGCCGCCUGGCCAGGAUCACGUGGCUGUGACCAUCCAGCUCCUCUUCAAACGUGGCGACGUCUUCCUGACCUCCCACCUGUACCCCUUCUACGACUGCCGAGUGGCCAUGAGCCUGGAGGAGAACCUGCCGUGCAUCUCCUGUGCCAGCAACCGCUGGACCUGCCAGUGGGACCUGCGCUACCACGAGUGUCGGGAGGCCUCGCCCAACCCUGAGGACGGCAUCGUCCGUGCCCACAUGGAGGACGACUGCCCCCAGUUCCUGAACCCCAGCCCGCUGGUCAUCCCCAUGAGCCACGAGACGGCUGUGACCUUCCAGGGCAAGAACCUGGACACGGUGAAGGGCUCCUCCCUGCACGUGGGCAGCGACCUGCUCAAGUUUGAGGAGCCAGUCAGCACACAGGAGCAAGGAAUCUUCUCCUUUCGGACCCCAAAGCUUUCCCACGAUGCCAACGAGACGCUGCCCCUGCAUCUGUACGUCAAGUCCUACGGCAAGAACAUUGACAGCCGGCUCCAAGUGACCCUCUACAACUGCUCCUUCGGCCGCAGCGACUGCAGCCUGUGCCUGGCCGCUGACCCCGCCUACGAGUGCGUGUGGUGCAGCGGGCAGAGCAGGUGUGUGUACGCGGCCCUGUGUGGUAACGCCACCUCCGAGUGUCCACCGCCUGUCAUCACCAGGAUCCAGCCUGAGACCGGUCCGCUCGGUGGAGGCAUUCGCAUCACCAUCCUUGGGUCAAAUCUGGGGGUCAGAGCAGACGACGUGAAGAGGGUCACCGUGGCCGGCCGGGACUGUGCCUUUGAGCCAGGACGGUACUCCGUGUCCACCCGGAUCGUGUGCACCGUCGAGGCUGCAGAGGCGCCCUUCACGGGGGGCGUCGAGGUGGACAUCAGCGGGAAGCUCGGCCAUUCGCCUCCCCAUGUCCAGUUCACCUAUCAGCAGCCCCAGCCCCUCAGUGUGGAGCCGAAGCAGGGGCCACAGGCGGGCGGCACCACGUUGACCAUCAACGGCACCCACCUGGACACAGGCUCUGAGGAGGACAUGCGGGUGACCCUCAAUGACGUCCCCUGUAAAGUGACGCAGUUUGGGGCACAGCUUCGGUGUGUCACCGGCCCCCAGGCGGCUCCGGGAGAGCUGUCCCUAAAGAUUUACUAUGGGGGCUCCGAAGUGCCCAGCCCUGGCGUCACCUUCACCUACCGUGAGAACCCAGUCCUGCGGGCCUUCGAGCCGCUGCGAAGCUUUGUCAGUGGUGGCCGGAGCAUCAACGUCACAGGACAGGGCUUCAGCCUGAUCCAGAAAUUCGCCAUGGUGGUCAUAGCCGAGCCCCUGCAGUCCUGGAGGCGGCGGCGGGAGGCCGGACCCCUGCAGCCCGUGACGGUCGUGGGCAGAGAGUACGUGUUCUGCAGUGACUCCAAGGUCGUGUUCUUGUCCCCGGCCGUCCCCGAGGAGCCCGAGGCCUACAACCUCACGGCGCUCAUUCAGAUGGAUGGGCACCAAGCCCUGCUCAGGACUGAGGCUGGUGCCUUUGAGUACGUCGCCGACCCCACCUUCGAGAACUUCACAGGGGGUGUCAAGAAGCAGGUCAACAAGCUCAUUCACGCGCGGGGCACCAACCUGAACAAGGCGAUGACGAUUCACGAGGCCGAGGCCUUCGUGGGUGCCGAGCGGUGCGUCAUGAAGACGCUGACGGAGACCGAUCUGUACUGUGAGCCCCCAGAGGUGCAGCCCCCUCCCAAGCGGCGGCAGAAGCGGGACACGACCCACAACCUGCCUGAGUUCAUUGUGAAGUUUGGCUCCCGGGAGUGGGUGCUGGGCCGCGUGGAGUAUGACACGCGUGUGAGUGACGUGCCGCUCAGCCUCAUCCUGCCGCUGGUCAUCGUGCCCAUGGUGGCCGUCAUCGCUGUGUCUGUCUACUGCUACUGGAGGAAGAGCCAACAGGCAGAGCGCGAGUACGAGAAGAUCAAGUCCCAGCUGGAGGGCUUGGAGGAGAGUGUGCGUGACCGCUGCAAGAAGGAGUUCACAGACCUGAUGAUUGAGAUGGAGGACCAGACCAACGACGUGCACGAGGCAGGCAUCCCCGUGCUGGACUACAAGACCUACACCGACCGCGUCUUCUUCCUGCCCUCCAAGGAUGGCGACAAGGAUGUGAUGAUCACGGGCAAGCUGGACAUCCCUGAGUCACGGCGGCCCUUAGUGGAGCAGGCGCUCUACCAGUUCUCCAACCUGCUCAACAGCAAGUGCUUCCUCAUCAACUUCAUCCACACCUUGGAGAACCAGCGGGAGUUCUCGGCCCGCGCCAAGGUCUACUUUGCUUCGCUGCUGACCGUGGCGCUGCACGGGAAGCUGGAGUACUACACGGACAUCAUGCGCACGCUCUUCCUGGAGCUCAUGGAGCAGUAUGUGGUGGCCAAGAACCCCAAGCUGAUGCUGCGCAGGUCUGAGACAGUGGUGGAGAGGAUGCUGUCUAAUUGGAUGUCCAUCUGCCUGUACCAGUAUCUCAAGGACAGCGCAGGGGAGCCGCUGUACAAGCUCUUCAAGGCCAUCAAGCAUCAGGUGGAGAAGGGGCCCGUGGAUGCUGUGCAGAAGAAAGCCAAAUACACCCUCAAUGACACAGGGCUGCUGGGGGACGACGUGGAGUAUGCGCCCCUGAUGGUGAGCGUGAUUGUCCAGGACGAAGGGGUCGACGCCAUCCCCGUCAAGGUCCUCAACUGUGACACCAUCUCCCAGGUCAAGGAGAAGAUCAUUGACCAGGUGUACCGCACACAGCCGUGCUCCCGCUGGCCCAAGGCUGACAGUGUGGUCCUCGAGUGGCGUCCUGGGUCCACAGCCCAGAUCCUGUCAGACCUGGACCUGACCUCUCAGCGGGAGGGCCGGUGGAAGCGCGUCAACACGCUGAUGCACUACAACGUCCGGGACGGAGCCACUCUCAUCCUGUCGAAGGUGGGGGUCUCCCAGCAGCCUGAGGACAGCCAGCAGGACCUGCCUGGAGAGCGCCACGCCCUCCUGGAGGAGGAGAACCGGGUGUGGCACCUGGUGCGGCCAACGGACGAGGUGGACGAAGGCAAGUCCAAGCGUGGCAGCGUGAAGGAGAAGGAGCGCACCAAGGCCAUCACCGAGAUCUACCUGACCCGCCUGCUGUCAGUCAAGGGCACGCUGCAGCAGUUCGUGGACAACUUCUUCCAGAGCGUGCUGGCGCCCGGCCACGCGGUGCCGCCCGCAGUCAAGUACUUCUUCGACUUCCUGGACGAGCAGGCAGAAAAGCACGACAUCAAGGACGACGACACCAUCCACAUCUGGAAGACCAAUAGUUUACCUCUCCGGUUCUGGGUGAACAUCCUCAAGAACCCCCAUUUCAUCUUCGACGUGCACGUCCACGAGGUGGUGGACGCCUCCCUGUCGGUCAUCGCACAGACCUUCAUGGACGCCUGCACACGCACAGAGCACAAGCUGAGCCGCGACUCUCCCAGCAACAAGCUACUCUACGCCAAGGAGAUCUCCACCUAUAAGAAGAUGGUGGAGGACUACUACAAGGGGAUCAGACAGAUGGUGCAGGUCAGUGACCAGGACAUGAACACACACCUGGCAGAGAUUUCCCGGGCGCACACGGACUCCCUGAACACCCUCGUGGCCCUGCACCAGCUCUACCAGUACACGCAGAAGUACUACGACGAGAUCAUCAACGCCCUGGAGGAGGACCCCGCCGCCCAGAAGAUGCAGCUGGCCUUCCGCCUGCAGCAGAUCGCGGCUGCGCUCGAGAACAAGGUCACGGACCUCUGACUCGACCUCCGCCGUCAUGGUCUCGGGACACAGGUGUGUGACACCCACUGCCGGGCGCUGGGCGGCCCCGGGGGAGCGAGGCCGAGCGGGCAGGACUCAGCCCUUCUCUCCCUGGCAGAGGAAGAGCCCCCGGGCUUCCGAGUGUGUGCGUGGCAGGGGGGCCCCCACCUCAGCGUUUGUAGCCUCCUAGCACCCUUCUCCUGAGCAAUAGUGCCCGGCGCCCACCAGCACCAGUUCCCUCCUGCAGAACCAGCAUCGGGGGUGUCUCCUUCAAGCCUCCUGAGCGAUAUGAAAACGUGCCUUAUGCCCCCAGCGCCACGCUGGGUUGCUGGGGGCAGUCGGGCCCCAGCCCCCCUCCCCAGGCACCAGCAGCCGCCUCACAUACCUGGGUUGGGCCUUUUGGGGUGAGGUCUGAGUGCCCGCGGCCCCCAGGACCUAGUGCCCAGACUCUGUCCGUCUGCCCUGCCUGGACUGGGGCAGAAAAGUGGUACGAUGCCUUCCUGACCUCGCUGGCCUGCCCUGCGGGGCGCUGGCACUCCGGGGGACUCUGUGCUGCAGGCCCCACCUCAAAGGUCAAGCUGGACGUCAGACGUCGAGGCCCAGGCGGCCAGAAGGGACCCAGCAGACUGGGGCUCGGGGUCCCGGCCUGUCAGACAGGCUGACCUGGAGGCCCUGCCCAGGUCCGGGGGGCCGGGAGCAGCUCCGCCAGGACACCCGCAACCCUUUUUGUAAAUCUUGUUAAUUGUCAAUCAAAUACAGCUGUCUUUUUCA